ACUUUGUUUAUUUUUCAGAUCGCUGCUGAAAGGUGCACGGACUAGUUCUCUUUGCUCAUCAGUUUUCUCAUGCUCUUGUCAGAUUUAUUGUGAAAGAAGUAGUAGUUAUAUAUUACUUUCAUAAAAAGAAAGUGUUGAAUUUAUUUGAUAUUAAUUUUGCUGCUGCAUUUCAUAUUUUGGGGGUAUUAUAGCUGACGUUAUAUAGCGCGAGCAAGCGAACUGAGGAUCAAACGGUGGGGAUUGCUAUUAAACGGUAAACAACCAUUUCAAGACAGCGCCAUGGCGACUGAAGGGGAGACAUGGACCACCGUUCAAAAGCAUGAUGGGGUGUUAUCCUUCGACGAUGUGGACCAUCCCUAUGGCGAUGAGGACGAGGCUGCGCUCGAGGCGGAGGUGAACGGCAACUGGACGCCACAGGAGAAGGCGCUCCACGAGGCACGGCUCAAGGCCAAGGCCAAGCGGCGUGUGCGCAAAUCGUCAUCCCGCAGCGAGUCGCUCUCUGAGUCGCUGUCGGGUGAGCUGGCCGACGGCGACUCCUACAGCUCCAAGGGCAAGGUGCCCGUCCCCAACGACCGCAAGUCCAGGACAGGCAAGGGCCGUGGCCUGCCCAAGAAAGGGGGCGCAGGGGGUAAAGGUGUGUGGGGAGCAGCCGGGAUGGUGUACGAGGUAGAGGAACCAGAUGUCAAGGACCCCAACUACGAUGAGGUUGCACAGGGAGACACUGUGUACGCAACAGUUGUUCCAGAGGUGGACGAGAGGGAACUGGAGAAGACCGUCAACCCCAUCGUACGGGAGUACUUUGAGCACGGGGACACAAAAGAGGUCCAAAUGCUGCUGAAGGAGCUGAACCUGGGCCACCACAAGUACGAGUUCUCCAGCCUGGCAGUGUCCCUGUCUCUAGAGGGGAAGGCCAGCCACCGGGAGCUCACCUCCAGGCUGCUCCGUGACCUGGUCGGCAAGGUGCUCUCGGAGUCCGACAUGGCCCGCGCCUUCGACAAAAUCCUCAAAGAGCUGCCCGAUCUUAUGCUGGACACGCCAGAGGCUCCACAGAUGCUGGGACAGUUUAUUGCCCGAGCCAUCGCAGACCACGCUCUACCUAUGGCAUUCCUGGACCGCUACAAAGGCAAGGUGGACUGCGACCACGCUAGAGCUGCGUUGGACCGCGCGGCGGUGCUCCUCUCCAUGAAGAGGGAGAUGGUGCGGCUAGACAACGUGUGGGGCGUGGGUGGUGGCCUCAGACCUGUCAAACACCUUGUCAAAGAGAUGAACUUUCUGCUGAAGGAGUACUUGGUAUCGGGAGAGGUGAAGGAGGCGGAACGCUGCCUGCGGGACCUAGAAGUACCUCACUUCCACCACGAGCUUGUCUACGAGGCUGUUGUCAUGGUGCUAGAGUCCAAGGGGGACACGGCAGUCAAGAUGUGUAAGCUCCUCCAGGCCUUCUGGAAAAUUGGCCUCAUCACAGUGGACCAGAUGAACCGGGGCUUCCAGCGUGUGUAUGACGAGCUGCCAGAGAUUAACCUGGAUGUGCCUCAUGCCCACUCCAUCAUGGAGUCCUUUACAGACCUCUGCUACCAGGAGUCUGUUAUCACCAAACAGUUGAGGGACUCCUGUCCCUCCAGGGGGCGGAAGCGGUUUGUGAGUGAGGGAGACGGGGGCCUGAUCAAGAACUAGUGUGUAGGGGGUUGCUCG